AUGCUGAGACCCGCGACGCCGUUGACGAUACUCUUGACGGCGGCCCUGGCCCUGCUCAUUAUAUCUGUCAUAUCGGCGCCUGUCUCAAAAUCUAUCUAUCUUGGAAAGAAUGGCGACACCAUAUUCGGCGUUCUUGGCAGAUGCACCGGUGACAAGUGCAGCAGCGCUGGCAUUGGCUACGAUGUCACGGCCGAUGGCCCAGGUAAAUUUACCAUGCCAGACUCUGUUCGCCAGACGCUCUCGAAAACUCUCAUUCUGCACCCAAUCGCCGCCGCCCUCACACUCGUCAUGUUGGUCAUGGCCGGAGUUUCUCACAUACACUCCGCCGCCCACUCCGCCCGGUACCUUCUCGCCCUCUUUAUCUUUACGCUUCUCGCCUUUCUCGUUGCCCUUGCCGCCACCAUCAUCGACUUCAUCCUCUUUGUCCCGCACACGGCCUUUGGUACCUACCUCGUCCUCGCUGCCGCCGUCAUUCUCCUCAUCAGCACGAUUGUGACAUUUUCUAUGCGCCGAGCUAUGGUUGGUAGAAAGGCCCGCAGGAGAAAGAUUGCUGAGAAUGCCGAGAUGAGUGGCGAGAAUUACUACAACCGCGAGGAUCCUUUGAAGCCCAUGGCUACCACCAUGUCUGGCGCAGCUGCGGGCGCGGAUGGCCUACCCGUGUUUGCCUCGUACGAGAGAACUCAGCAAAAGGAUGACCAAGUUAGUGACGAGCGCAUCCCACUAACACAGGUUCGCACUGCGGACCGCUCGCCCGGAACAAACGCCACCGACCUCGCAAACGCUGGUUCCUCAAACCCCACCUCGCGUGACAGAUAUGGAGGCCAGCUUGGCCAGGGUGAUCCCUAUGGCCCUCAGACUCAGGGAUAUGGCCCAAAUAGCCGUCCUAGUAGAGGAAACAUGCCUGGCUAUCGUGGAGGCGGCGCGCCGCGCGGUGGUCGCGGGGGCUACAAUGGUUAUGGCUCUCAAGCUCGCAGAAGAGAUAGUUACGGCCGCGGCGGCAUGGGGCCUCGCGGUAGAGGCGGCCCGUAUGGCCAACCUCGGGAUGGAUAUGGUGGACCAGCUAUGACUGGUGCUGCCGCUGCAGGAGGUGUCAUGGCAGGAGCCGCAAUGGCCCGUGGUGGCCGCCAGGGUUAUGAUCAACGAUCAGCGCCUGGAACUUACGAUAGCUACGGCAACCAGCCAGCCAACGGCCAAGGAGACUACACCAACUGGGGGUCACAAAGCACCCCAAGCCACGCAAACACCGAAGCAGACCUACCACGCGCCGAAUCGCCACCACCUCUACCCGCUGAGACCCCAGCAUCCGCCGGUUUUGGCCAGCCUCCCGAGAUGGCUUCUGGCGCGUCGGGGCAUCACGGAUACGGCGCAGCAGCCGCCACCACGACCUCGGAGCAUGACGCCGGUGCCACUGGCAUGGUUCACAUGCAGCAGGGUCAUCCAGUUGGGCAGCCUCGCCCUGGCUACGUGAGCGACGGAAGCAAGUACAGCACCGAUGAGUACGUCCCACCACGCGCCGCAUGGAACCAAGCCUCCGGCAGACGAUCCCCUGGAGGCCAGUCUCCUGUCUAUGGCGUCGACCGUCGCCCCUCAGUGCCCGAAUACCGCGGGCCAACCAGUCCUCUAGCUGCUGGCCCCAGCGCCUAUUACGAGGACGUAGAGCCGCGCUACGAAUCGCCGGCCCCCCACGCCGGUCUUGUAACUGCGUCUCCAGGACCCAUAUACGAGGAUGCGCACGCCAUGGAUGGAUCACGCAGCCCGGCAGGUUCGGUGCGAUCCAACUUUACGUCCGUCUCACAGCGAGGCAUCAACCCACGCUGGAACCCGCACCAUCAUCCCAUGCCAGGCAACGGCGCGCGGCGGGCCGUGCAGCAACGUCAAGAUAUGCUCCUGGACAACCCCGACUUUCAGCUCGCAGGGGGCCGCUCCGGCAAGCCCAAGCAUGGCAACCCGUCCGGCCUAGUCCCUGGCAGCGCAUAUCCGAACGCGCCAAUGUAA